ACUUUUCCAAGCUCUGCCAUAGAGUAUGAGCGACGGCGGGAAGGCUAGAAGGAGGCCUCUGUAGGCGGACCAUAGAGAGAGGAAGCGCGCGAAGGAGAGCCUGCGAGUCCCCAUGGAGACCAGGGGGCGGGCGGGCGCGGGACCAUAGAGGGCCCGGGAAGCGCGGCGGCGGAGCAGCCCGGUCUUCUCGCCUGCCCCGGCUCGGCGGCAGCGGGGACCGCGAUGACCUCGGCCUCCACCAAGGUGGGGGAGAUCUUCUCUGCCGCUGGCGCUGCCUUCACCAAGCUAGGCGAACUGACGAUGCAGCUGCACCCCGUGGCCGACUCCUCGCCAGCCGGGGCCAAAUGGACCGAUGCGGAGAUCUCCUUGUUACGGGCAGCCGUCCAGCGUUUUGGAGAUGACCUAAACCGCAUCAGCGCGCUCAUCAAAGACCGGACUGUUGCCCAGCUGAAAGGAGCAGCCAAGCGGAAGGCCUAUGAGGACAGUGGGCUGCCCCUCCCCACCGAGUCCCCCAAGAAAGGGGCCCGCAAGGGGCAGCAGCCGCCGCUGCCGCAGCAGGGUGCCCCCUCUGCCCAGGGGUUGGGGGGCCUUCCUGACCCCUCGACUCCAACUGUGAAGAAACAGAAAGCCUCUGAUGUGACCCUCAGCGCACUGAAUGAUGCAGAUGCCCACAAUGACUUGGUGGAUAUUGAAGGCUUGGGAGAUGCCCCCCCUGCCAAGAAGCUCAAUUUCGACCAGGGUAAAGACUGGCCCAGGUGGGGUGGUUCAGACAGCCUGAAUUUGGACUCUGGAUUCCUCAUGGCCCCUGGCACGGAGUUGCCCCUCCUCUCCCGCUGAUGGACGGCUUCUCCUGCACCCCCUGGGCUGCCAUCUUCCACCUUGGGACCCCUGGAACCACUACUGGCUGUGGCUGCCCCCUCUGGUCACCCCCCUUCCCCUAAUCACCCGGCAUGUGUGCACUCGCUCUCUGGAAUUGCCACCACUCCAUCCCAUGGACAGUCAACUCUCUCCUCCUCCGCCUUUUAUUCCCCCCCCCCGGUAUAAUGGUCCCUUAAGAGUGUUAUUUUAUUGUCCUUUUGUGUGGUGGUUGCAAUAAACAUUGCCUGUCUCUGA